AUGGAUGCUACUUCACAACCAUUGAAGUAUCAGACAUGGUUCUUGAAAGUUUCUAUCCAUUGUGAAGGUUGUAGAAGAAAAGUAAAGAAAGUUUUACAGAACAUUGAUGGAGUGUUUACUACAGCAAUUGAUCCGCAACAGAAGAAAGUAACAGUCACCGGAAAUGUUGCUGUUGAGACUCUGAUAAGGAAACUGGCCAAAGCUGGAAAACAUGCUGAGGUUUUGCCGGAGAAUCCUCCUGCAAAAGGAAAAGAUUCCGACAAAGCUAAGAACAGUAACAAGAGUGAACAAAGAGACAAAGAACAAAAGAAAAACAACUCUCUAGCAAAUAGUACUGAAUCCAACCAUAGUUCAGAAGUUGAAAAUGCUGGUGAAAAAAACAGUAGUAACAAAAAAACUAAGGGGUCGCCGGAAAAGUCUUCGGCGAGUGGCAAGGGACCGGAAAAGGACAACAAGGGAGGAGGGGAUUCUGGGAAGAAGAAGAUAAAGAAAGUUCAGUUUAGUGGUGAAACUGAAACUAGAACCAGAACCAGAAAGAAUGGGUUGAGUUCAGCAUCUAAUGGUGCACCAGCACACACUGGAUCAGAAAUCCAGUGUCCAGGUAAAGUAGUGGGCCAAGUGAAUCUCAGCCCUACACGUCAGCAACCGUACAUGAUGUAUCCAGAAACGUGUUAUCCUCCUUUGGUACAACAACAUGCUACAUACAACAGAUUAUGUCCCAUGGGAACAAUGGAUUGUCCUUCUUACUAUGUUCCGCCAUUGCCCUACAUGUGUUCAGGCCUUGAUCGUGACUCUUAUCAGAUUCAAUCUGCACCGUUGAUUCCAUUUGAGUUUUUUAGUGAUGAAAAUGCAAAUGGAUGUUCUAUUAUGUAA